GCUCAACAGAUUGCAUAUGUCAAGCAGUCGUCGAGUAGUGACUAGAACGCUGGCGUUUUUUUAGCGGCAUUAUUGUAGGUAAGUAGAUUGAUAAUAGUUUGAAAAUCGAGUCUCUUAACAAAAUAAAAUCCAAGUCGUUUAAAUUAGCUUAGCAACAGCCAGCUUAGUGGAUAACAGAUCGGAAUUAUUGUGUACACAUUUGACCGCGCAGCAAUACCGGCACAUGCUUAAUACGUCGAGAAAGUCCCCUUUGGCUUUCUCUCGUCAAAAAAUUAGGCUUCUCCGUCAAACGAACGUGUUUGGUGUUUUUAUGUUUCAAAUUCGCUGAGGGGUGAAGCCGAAGAAGAUAGCAAAUUAAUUAAACCUCCAUGGGGAUUGUGUUCCCUCUUAACCUAGUAGUUUUGAUUUCCCGGCGUAGCUAAUCGAACGAAACCGAACCAAAAACCAAUCGAACCCAAUCGAACCCAAUCGUUCGAUUGGAGUUCGAUUGGUUCGGCAAUCGGACAUAAUCGAACUGGAACUUUUUUGUGAGUUCGAUUACCGAAUGUUCGAUUAGCUACGCCGGGGAUUUCGAUUUUACCUUUGGCGCGAAAUGAAAGAGUAGAUAACAAAUUGAGGCCUUGAAAUAUUCUAGUUUUCCUAACCCAUGCGGGUGGAGCUGGUGUGGGCAAGGUUGAAAACUAUUGCUGCAGUAAUUCUAUUUUUUUUUAAUUUAUCAAGUUAUAAUACUUAAGCUUAUAAACGGUUGACUACUUUAUGUAGGCAUAAUUUUUAACUCAACAGGGAUUAGGCAAAACAAUCUGCAUUAUGCUGGAAUAUUAAGUUCUUUGACUGAUCCUUACAUUUCAUCAAAACUUUGCCAGAAUCCAGGCCAAAAGGUUUAACAUUAUAUGAGACACAAGCCACAUAUAAUUCUAAAAAGACUAAUCAAUGCCAGAUUGAAAAUUGGCAAAAAAGUGCAUAGCCGCUAUCAGUUUCAGGUCCAUGACAUUUUCACCUAUUUCCCUGGAUGAGUCACCUCAACAAUUGAGUAUUAAAAAGGAAAGCCAUGCAGUUAGAACAUGCAUGCAGAUCUGUGCUUAUUAUGAUGCCGAGCAUAAAAGUGAUCCCCCAUUUCUAAUUGGCUCAAAUCCCAUGGCUAGUUCUUCAAAACCAGGUAGCAUUGAUUAAAUUUGGAAGAUGUGAUAUUUGGAAAAUGACAUCAAUAGUACAGCAUAAAUAACUGAAAAAGGGACAGACAACAACCCAGAAGUCCUGGGGAUGUGGUUGUGUUGUUUUAAUACAGCUGGACAAAAUGGAGGAACUUUUUACAUGUUUUACGAAGAAGUAAUAGGCAUCAGAGGAUGUUAUCCAGCUCGGCCUUUGGUCUCUGAAGAUAACAUCCCCCCGCCUUAAGCCUAACCCUAACCAAAACAACCCCCGUGCUGAGCUGUUACGGAUAAGGCUAUUUUGGAUAUUUACUGGAAGUCAGACAAUCUCACUUUACCUUGCCUAGCCCAGUUUUUUAAACAGUCCAUGUUCAGUGUGUAUUAUACUGACCAGACAAAAUAAUAAUAAUAAGAACAAUUUUAUUACCAUGUUGUUUUUUCUUCACAGCUGUAGAACAAAAAAAUUAUAACAAAAAAAACAAGCAAACAAACACAUAAACAAAACGAAAUAACAAAAAAGAGAGAGAGAGAUGAAUCAAAUACAGAAUGGAUGGUUCUCAGAGAUUAAUAACCAGUGGCCAGGACAAGCUCUCUCCCUUGAGGUGGAAGAAAUUCUUUACACAGGAAGAUCAAAACACCAAGAUAUUCUAGUGUUUAAAAGGUAAGUAAACACAUUUUGAUCAAAAGAAGCAAUUAUCACGAUUUUGAUGUACCUUAUAUAUCACGUAAAGCAGAACCCCGAUUGGCAGGCACCCACUUUGCGUAAUCUAACACCCUUAAAUAAAACAUUGUCGUUUGUCUGACGAUGACUGAAUACCUAACCUAUAAUGAUGAAAACCUAUGGAGGCAUUUCAACCUUAGAUAGAAGGGAGGUUAAAAUGAAGUGCUAUGUUGCAAAGGGACCCUGAUGAGUGUCCAAUCAGUGCCUAUAUAGUACUGAAAUGACAUUGAGGAACAAGUGCAGAAAUUCCAUAAUGAUGACCUGUCAAUACCCACAUCUGGAUAUAGUGCAUCUGACUGGAUAAGGCAAGUUUUCAACCUAUCAGAAGCACUACCCUGAUCUGCAUAGUGACACAUCUUCUGUAUGGAAUUUCUGUGCUCCUCCCUCAGACAAGGGCAUAUAUAGCCAGCCUAUAGACCUGUAGGCCCAGGCCUACAAAUUUUUGGUUUGAUCGCUCUACCAUUUGUAAUAGAUUAUGCGUUGUUGGGGAAAGCCGAAAUGCUUAAGAGAUCAAAGUGUUGGUGAGGUCAGUGUGUACUAGUCAAGCGUGCAAUUUUCAGGAUGAAAAUCAGCCAGGCCUACAACUAGUCGAAAAGCUGGCUACACCCCUGUCAGAUAUCAUUUGGCCACAGGUAUUAAAGUGGGUUUUUUCUCAGCUCAACUAUUGGAGGUGGUGCCUCAUUGUAGCAGAUUCUCUUUGUGGUUUGCCUAUCAUUGGUCAGAAAAUGACAAAUCAGCGUACAUGUAAUUACCUCUCAAAAUAAUGUCUUUCAGCAAACACCAUGGGAAAGUUCUUGUUCUGGAUGGAGUUAUACAGUGUACUGAUAGAGAUGAAUUUUCUUAUCAAGAAAUGAUCACUUUUCUUCCACUUAAUUCUCAUCCUUGUCCCAAGAAGGUAAAAACUGAGCAUACAGAAGUUCAAUGUACAUGUAUUAUUUUGACUUUAUUCACUUAAAUAUUAUCAAUGCAGCUGUCAUUCCUCGGUCCUUGCCAGUUAGUGCGACUUCAUUAAAAUAUUUAUGGAGAAUUUCUGAUCCUUUUCCCUGUUUGAAAGUACUUUGAUUUGAUUUUUUAAUGAAAUUAUUGUGGUAGGCCUAUUUGGAGUUUUUAAAUCUCUCUUAAAAAAAGCAAGUACUUUGAUUUGAAAUAAAUAUUAUGAUUUCAUUACUUUUAUCAUCAUCUGUUGACCAGAGUCCACUAAAUGUGCUAACAAUGAAAUCACUGAAAAAGAAAAUGUUGUGUUGCCAAUUACCCAUAAAUUUAUUGUUGCUUGUCACACGGAAAUUACUAUUGUUUGUUUUAUUGUAUAUGCCAUUUGUCAUCUUCAGGUUCUUGUUGUUGGUGGUGGUGAUGGAGGAGUCACAAGAGAGGUGUCCAAGCAUCCAGCAGUUGAAUCCAUUGUGCAGUGUGAAAUAGAUGAGGUUAGUUAUCCCUAAAAGUUACCAUGUUGAAUAACAAAAAAUGCAUGGGCACUUACCAGAUGUGGGGUGUGAGUGGUAAGUAGCCUGUGUACAGACGUUCCCCCUCCCUCAGAAAAAAGAAGAGACCAGACGUCUGUGAAUCGCCAUCGCACCUCAAAUGUUCUUGAUGUAUUGGUCCAGAUUUUAAUGCCUGAUCUUCUCUAUUGCCCUGUUUGAAGGGACAAGAAUCUUUUUGCCACUGUUUGUCACUCUUUGGGCCCAGUUGUAUAAAAAAUGGAUACAGAUGACAAACUGCUGGCAUAUUACCCUGUAAAAUAUACGAGCAUCCCACCUAGCAGGGGGCAGGGGGGGAGGGCAGUAGCAGUACUUUAAGGAGUAUACAAGUGAUCAUGCAUGUUAUCCUUUUUCUGCAGGCUACAUUGUAAUCUUCUAAUAAAAUCAACUAUAUAUUACAUUGUUUUGAAUGUUCAUUGACCCUGCUAAUUAUUAUUCUUUUUAAAUGAGAAGUAAGUUCAUUUAUACAUGUGUAUGCAUGCAUGUCUUUCAGUAAAUUAUGAUUUGCAAUAUUGCAUGUUUUGUUUAUUCCUGGUGAGUUAUUGUUUUACAAUUUUGUCUUAACUUUGCUUCUCUUUGUAUUCCCAUCAACCACAUUUAUUUAACCUCAAAGCUACUUUAUCCUCUUGGCCUUCCGUGCCACCCCACACUCCACCGUCCCACUCAGCUUGAUCCAAGAUGUUGAACACAUCUGCUGGCCAUUUCAGAGUCACUGUCUUACUGUCUUUUUUUUUAUCUGACAGGAAGUGAUUAACAUAUGUAAGAAGCAUUUACCUAAUAUGGCAAAGGGAUACAGUUCACCUAAACUGACUCAGUAUAUUGGGGAUGGCUUUGAUUACAUGCAGCAACAUGAAAAUGAAUUUGACGUUGUCAUUACAGACUCAUCAGAUCCUGUUGGUAUGUAUCAUCAUUAUCAUCAUCAUCAUCAUCAUCAUUACCAUCAUCGCCUUCCCUUUUUAGGGUCCAUCCCUUCUAAGGUGCUUCUGAUGUGGUGUGUAUAGGACCCUACCAAGUAGUUACAAGGAGUCUGGUUUGUGCACCUGAUCUCUUACUGCAUCCAUUUCACACCCAUUCAAUUUGCCACUAACUUGUCCGUGUCGGCAAAUUACCCCUGCAAUCAGAGGUUUCUCUCUGAAUCACAAAAUCACACCUUAGGUGGGAAAAUUGACACCUCAAUAUCAAUUUUCUGAAAGCUCAGCUCUCACCCGAUAGACCUGUGUAGUUUUUAUUUUGAAAAAUUCCUUUUUUUGUUCGAGAAAUAAAUUUUUCAAAUGUAAGAGUCUAUAGCAGAUCUAAUACCUUAACAUUUAUAAAGUUGUUUGCAUCGCUAAUUAAUUCUUACAGUCGGCUUGUUAACUUCCUCAAGACGUAAGAGGUGUUAUGAAACUUCGACGACGACGGCAACGGAAGCUUAAAAAAAAGUAAUGGGUUAAAUAUUGAACAACGCAACAACUCUGCACGUGCAUCACGCUUUUUUGUACAUUUCUUUGCAGUCCGCGAACAACUACGAUGCAGUGAAAUGACCAGAUUUUAAGUUUACUUGAGAACGGGAACUGGAAUUCCGCCAUCACUGCCUGAACUCGGGCGCGGUCCCCUUGCUUCAAUUCCAACAUGAAUUCCCUUCAUUUAAGUAUAACUGUGACAGGACAACUUGGGGUAAUCGCGAAAUAGUUUGAAAGGAUGCAUAGUCUAUUUUACAGCGACUUUUUCGUGGACAUCGAUCGCCGUUGUCGGAUCAUAAGUCCCCUAUAAUGCCAACUAUGCGAAUGACAGCAACGCAAAAGACUCUGCACAUGAAUGAAUAUGAAUACCUUCACUGUAUUUUAAAAUUCUUCUCUUUUUCUUUUGUGUUAGGUCCAGCAGAAUCUCUUUUUAAAGAAUCAUAUUAUGAACUUGUGAAAAGGGCCCUAAAACCAGAUGGUCUUCUCUGUUCGCAAGGUAGUCACGCAACUUUUUCUCUAGAUGCACUUUGUGGUAGUAUUUAAACUGCACAAGGGGAUUUAAUUCUCUAUAGCCCAUCUCUUAUCGCUUUUUCCUCCUGUAGACUAGUUAUCUUGGUAAAAAAAACACUUGCUUGCAAAAGUACUUUGACUAGAUCAUCAUUUCAAAAUAAAAGGUGCGUUAAUUUGUUCAGUUACUCUUGAUUAGUAGACCCCCCUACAGCACUAGCAAGAUCGACCGGACAUUUUGUUUAUGCUUCUUAUGAACCUUCAGAUUUAAGCAUAUGGUUGUUCGAUCAAGAUUGGACAUUAUUGACCUUCUUGAUGAUAAAACGGGUUGGGGGUAGUGGGGUGGGGGAAGGGGCGGAUUCGACAAGACCAAGACUGUCAUCCAUGAAGUAGCGUGUGUGGUUUAAACAAAUUAAUUAUUACUCUAAUAGUCUCGUGGUUAUACUUUGAAGUGUGAUAAUGUAGAUAAAAGACAUUUGUCCGGCCACUAACUGGUUUUCCGGGCAAAAUAGGUUUGACCGGGCAACUUGCCCAGCACCAGCCGGGAAAUUAUUUCAAAGCCUGACUAAGGUUUUUUAAAAUGUCAUGAUGAUUGAUUUGCCGUUCUUGUUUAUUAGUGUGUUUCAUAUUUAAUUUACCAGGAGAAUGCAUAUGGCUUCAUAUACCGCUUAUAAAGUCUGUGUUAGAAUUCAGCAGAAGAUUAUUUCCUGUGGUUAGCUAUGGCUACACUACAAUACCCACCUACCCCAGUGGACAAAUAGGAUUUAUACUCUGCAGCAAGAAUGAGGUAGGAGGCAUUUAGAAUGGAUUUUUAGGCGACGCUCACACGGUAUCGGAUGAAAUUUCUACCAGGUGAAAAAUUUAACCGGACAUUUGUUCACAAGGAACGUUCGCCCAGUUCACACACAACUUUGACCGGCUAGGAAUCUAAAUUUCCGUACGCGGUCAAGGUUGUUCCAUCUAAACGGAAUACCUAAACGUUCGAAGGUUCGUCCGUUUCCGUGUGAACGUAGACAAGUUCAGCAUAAAACCAGAGUAUAGAAGAAAUGGUUAUUCAUAUUCGAGCCUUUUUCAAAGACACAGGUAUGAAAAAAUGUUUUGUACGCUGGUUGUUUGACAAAGUUGAAUUAAUUAUCAUGUGACGAGUUUGUGACCAAUGGAGUUAAAUAAUAUUAAUGGCGAAAAGGUAUUUCAACUUAAGACAGUUUCCAAAUCAUGUUUUCAAUAACCUAUUUCCGGGUUGCCCCUGCAGCGUGUAGCCUCUCUUUUAUAAAACUAUUUAGUGUAUACUAAAACAGUGGAUAGUGUUUUUCGCGCGUUCUGAUUGGCUACUCAAUCAGUGACUAUCCUGCACUAUUCGCUGAUUCACCUCCAGUUCCUCUGAGCGAGCGACGCCAAACUCGCGUAAGAUGCGAGCAAAAUGCCUUCCCGGUUUGCUGCCGUAACAAACUAAGACAUUUCACAACUAAUCAAUCAAGCUAUUCCCAAAAUACAUGAAGAAGGUGACGAAGUUCGGAAGUUUUAACAGGUAAAGCUUUGUCUUUUUGACUUGAAUUUAUCGAUAAAACCGGUGAAAAAGUUUUUUGUUUACAAACGCAAAUUAAGCUUAAGUCUUGAGUUACUUUAUUUAGUUGACUUGUUCAUAAAUAAGCUUAAAACUAAAAUUAAUAAUCUUUUUUACAGAACGAAUAUAAAUACAAAAAGAAUUCACAACUCCUUUUGAAGAAACUUCCCCGUAAGAGCUAAACAAACGCCUUCAAAAGUUUUAUUUGUCGCCAAGAAAAAACGACGACCGCGGCCGUUCGGUCGCCAAAAUUGUAAUCGUUGGCAACAGUAAAUGAGUUAAAAUCAUCAUUUUUGUGCUCAAUUAUCUCACUGUUUUAGUAUAUACUAAAACAAUUAUUCACCUUAGUGUGGCUAGUUGCUAGUGGUAGAAUUUACCGGGCCGUUAACGCUGCUUCGGUAAAUCACCACCGUUAGCCACCUCCACUUCGGUGGAUAAUUGUUAUUUAUCUUUUUUUUCUCUCCCUCUAUUUUACCGUAUAUCCUUAUGCCGGCUGUGCUUUUAUUUUUAGAACACAAGAUUUGAUAAUCCAGUUACUCUAUUUACGGAUGUCGAACUGGAAAAAAUGGAGCUUAGAUAUUAUAAUGCGGAAGUUCACAAGACAGCAUUUACCUUACCUCAGUUUGCAAAGAAGGUAAUUUCCAUUUCUCGUGUCGUGGUAGAAUAG